AUGACUCGCCCAGAGGUACAGAUCCAAUCCGAAGCCACUACGCACUCGGACCCCCACCCGUUACUGGGGAGGGGAACGGGUACGCCGCGCACAGAGAAUAGACCGAAGAUUGGACUCACAAUGGGUGAUGCAGCCGGUAUCGGUCCCGAAAUCCUUGUCAAGGCACUCGCCCAUGAAAGUGUGUAUUCGUUAUGCCAGCCGAUUGUUAUCGGCAGUUCUGCUAUUCUUCAGGACGCGUGUUUCCGCUUUACAACUUCCAACAAACCACCACUGAAACUUAAUAUAAUCAAAACACCGACGCAGGCACUUGCAAGACACGGGACAAUUGAUGUACUUGAUGUGUCUUCAAUAUCCCCUCAGGAUAUUUCUGUUGGUACUAUAGAUGCACGCGCGGGUGCUGCUGCUGUAAAAGCGAUUGAGAUAGGGACACAUCUUACGAUGCAUGGCGAACUGGAUGCCAUCACAACUGCCCCGAUCUGCAAAGCCGCUAUACACCGCGCAGGAGUUUCCUAUCCAGGACACACGGAAAUGCUUGCCGCCUUUACGAACACUGCGCACGCGGUAAUGAUGCUCUGUACACCUGAAGCAUUGGAUGGCAAUCAGCCGUCAGCAAUCAAAGAAAACCUCUUUGCUGAGGGUUUCCGAGAGCCGAGAGUGAUUCCCGCGGUUUCUUUCGUUACGAAUCACGUCGCGUUAGCUGAUGUGUCGAAACAUCUCUCUGUCGAAAGAAUUGUUGAGGUUAUCCGUAUCACUCGACAGGCACUGAUCCGUUGUGGUAUCUCCGAACCGAGGCUUGUCGUUGCGGGGUUAAACCCUCACGCGGGUGAGGACGGAGCGUUCGGAAAAGAGGAGGAAUACCUUAUCCGUCCAGCCAUCGCGCAGGCAGAAGCACACUUCGGUACGAUUGACGGACCGCUUCCUGCCGAUGCACUUUUUGUCAAAGCGAUUCAAGGUGAAUGGCACGCCGUUAUCGUUAUGUAUCAUGACCAGGGCAAUAUUCCGAUAAAACUCCUCGGAUUUGGUGAACUUGUGAAUGUUACCUUAGGCUUACCGAUAGUCCGAACGAGUGUGGACCACGGUACUGCGUUUGACAUAGCUGGCAAAGGUAUCGCUAACGAAAUGAGUUUGGUGGAGGCACUAAGUUGUGCCGUGCGACUCACAAAUGCCUCGCAGCGAGAGAAUCCGUUGUAG